CACGAGUAAAAUAAACUCAAAGUUUGAUUAGUAAACAGUAAAAGUUUUUCAACAACUUUUGUCUACAGCCAGUGAACGUCGCUUCACCGCUAAGUAACUACUAGUCCCCUAACUGUCUGAACCAGUGGUCUAUUUAACUAAAAAGUCUCAUACGUAGCGGACAGGCAUGUCGUCGGGAAUCAGGGGUCAGCUGACCUCGAAAUACGGUGAGCUAGUCCGGGGCGGGUUGGCCGAGCUGUUGGGCACCGGCAUACUGGUGCUGUUCGGGUGCGGGUCGUGUACGUUUGGCAACAAGGAGAUGAUUGCGCUCACCUUCGGUCUGGUCAUCAUGUGUAUGGCCACCAGUUUGGGUCACGUGUCCGGCUGUCACCUAAACCCGGCGGUCACUCUGGGGCUGCUCCUCAACGGACAGGUCGAGUGGCUGAACGCCAUCGUCUACGUGAUUGGCCAGUUCGUGGGUGCUGUGGUCGGCGCCGGCAUACUGGCCGCCAUACUCGACACCGACCACCUCUGCCCCACUGGUCUCAACGCUAUGAUCACACCCUUCGCCGGUAUAGUGAUCGAGACGAUCCUCACAUUUGUCUUGAUUCUGGUCAUCUGUAAUGUCUGUGAGUCCAACCCGACUAUGGCUCCCUUGGCCAUCGGCCUCACUGUCGCCACCGGUCAUCUGUUUGCGAUCGAGUUAUCCGGCUCAUCCAUGAACCCCGCCCGUAGCUUUGGUCCGGCGCUCAUUGGAAACAUUUGGAAAGACCAUUACGUGUAUUGGGUCGGACCGUUGAUCGGCGGCGCUCUGGCGGGUCUCACACAUCGCUUCUUCUUCUUCAACAGCAAAUUGUCUAAAAGAGGAGAAGCCGGCCCUAAAAGCAGUGCUCAGCCACAGGAGACCACUAAUGUCUGAUAAAUAAUGUUUUGUUUCAAGUUUUAUUAUAUCUCAUAACUAAUUCACAAAACCAUUACAUUUAUACAAAGACAAAGGUUUCCUGAAUUUUAUAAAAUAAUUAAUUAAUUCUUAUAUUAAAUUUAUACAAACACUUGUCGUAUAUUGUAUUUCCUUAUCUUAUAUUUGACACUACAUU